AUAAUAUCGCCACCUGCUGGACUGGAGGCUGAAAGUGACAGAGCAGAACAUGUGAGCUGGUCACAGCUUUGUGCGGUAGCUAACUGCGGUGUAAUGGCGUCUUCAGUCAGUUAGAGAUAAACCCCUGGUUUACCGUGUUUUGUUGCUAAACUCUACCGUGUCCCACCUGUCCGGCCCGGAGAAGCGGGAAGAGAGGGGCGCUGCCGGGCUGCAACAUAGUACUGCUGCUGCUAGCUUAGCUAACGUCAGCUAACCCACUGCCAGCGGUAAACGCUCGGGUCAAAAAUGGCCUCGGUUUCGAUUCCUGCCUGCACCACUGCACUUUUACUGGACAUCGAGGGAACCACUACGCCGAUCACGUUUGUUAAGGACAUACUGUUUCCUUAUAUCAGAGAGCAUCUUGAGGAUCAUCUGUCCACGCAUUGGGAGGAAGAUGAGUGCAAACAAGACGUCCACCUGCUCAAAAAGCAGAUCGAAGAGGACAUGAGGCAGAACCGGGCGUGUCCCGUCCACACCGUGGACCAGACGGUCCACACGGACGAGGAGAAGGCCAUCAGGGAGGUGGUGGAGAACGUGAUGUGGCAGAUGGCGGCGGACAGGAAGUCCACGGCGCUCAAGCAGCUGCAGGGCCACAUGUGGAGGGCAGCCUACACGUCUGGGAGAAUCAAAGGCGAGAUCUACCCCGACGUGGUGCCGUCCGUCAAAACGUGGCGGGAACGCGGCCUGAAGGUUUACAUCUACUCCUCUGGCAGCGUGGAGGCCCAGAAGCUCCUGUUCGGAUACUCGGUGGAAGGAGACGUUUUAGACCUCUUCGACGGCCACUUCGACACCACGAUAGGAGCCAAAGUGGACUGGAAGAGCUACGAGCGGAUCGCCGAGCGGCUCGGCUGUCAGCCGGAGGAAAUCACCUUCCUCACCGACGUCAGCAGAGAGGCCAAAGCGGCGGAGGAAGCCGGGCUGAACAUCCUGCUGGUGGUCCGGCCCGGAAACAUGGAGCUGACGGACGAGGAGAGCGCUCACUACAACCUCAUUACCUCCUUUAGUCAACUUCAGCUGACGGGGCGAGCUUAACGCCGACCCAAUCCGCUUCUCCUCUACCAUCCCUGACUUUCUUUCCUUUUUUUUUUUUUUUUUUUAAAUCUACUCUGGUGUUCUUGAUUUUGACUGUUGGCAGGAACUGGGACUUUUUUUUCAUUUUUUGUUCACUGUAUGGCUAAUUAUGUAGCCUUGAAUAAGUACUCCUCUUCCUCAAACGUUUCCAUAUUUUGGCAUUUGCCACAGCUUCAAACUUCAGUGUGUGUGUAUAUAUAUAUAUAUAUAUAUAUAUAUACACAUAUAUA